AUGGAGGUCGACAUUGCGCCCCAGUUUGGCGCCGAACUGAAGGAUGGCUUCAAGACAGUCAAUGCUUGGGUCUCCGGCGGCAUCUCCUGGCUGGAUGACAUCCAGCAGUUCUACCGAGAACGAAGCGCUAUCGAGAAGGAAUACUCGGCAAAACUCAGCGCGCUUGCGAAAAAGUACUAUGAGAAGAAGGCAAAGAAGCAGAGCAGCCUCAGUGUUGGUGACACGCCUACCGUUACUCCAGGCUCGCUCGAGAGCGCUUCUAUGACCACAUGGGGUGUUCAAUUAAGCACACUCGAAUCCCGCGCCUCCGAACACGAACAAUUCGCUGGCGCUCUCAUCACCCAGCUCGCUGACCCCCUCAAGGUCCUUGGCACCCGCACCGAGGAGCUGCGCAAGUUGCACGGAGACUAUGCUGCUAAGCUGGAGAAGGAGCGCGACAACCAGUAUGGCGAGUUGCGCAAGCAAAAGGGCAAAUACGACAGCGUCUGCCAGGAGGUUGAGAGCCGGCGCAAGAAGGCGGACGGCGCAUUUGACCACGGCAAAGCCAAGGCGCGGAAUGCUUUCGAACAGCAGCAGGUCGAGAUGCGCAACGUCAAGAACACCUAUCUCAUCAGUAUCAACGUAACCAACAAGCAAAAGGAGAUGUACUACCAUGAAUACGUCCCUGAGCUACUAGACAGCCUCCAGGAUCUUUCGGAAACACGGGUUAACAAGCUGAAUUCGAUAUGGUCACUCGCCGCUCAGAUCGAGACCCAAACACUUACGCGAAGUACCGAGUAUCUGAAGCAUCUCUCUGCCGAGAUCCCGCGAAACAACCCUCUUCUCGACUCGAUGAUGUUCGUACGGCACAACGCUGGCUCAUUCCAGGAGCCUGGUGACUUCCAAUUCGAGCCCAGCCCGGUUUGGCUAGACGACAGUAGUAUCGCGGUCGACGACUCCGCGACGGUAUUUCUGCGCAACGUUCUCACGAAAUCGAAGACGUCAUUGGGGGAGUACCGACGCGAGCUCGAGAAGAAACGUAAAGAAGUUGAGAACGCCAAAACCGUGCGCCAGAACAUAAGGGACGGAAAAGACAAGAGAGAUGAAGUGGACAUCGUUCGCGCUGUUUUCGCUAUACAGGAACAAAUGCAUGAGGUGGAGAGACAGAAAGUUAGCGCCGAGGUGGAGGUUUCGACCAUCACUUCAGUUGUCGGUGACUUGAGCAUUGGCGCAAGAAACCACAACUUCAAGUCGCAGACAUUCAAGAUACCUACGAAUUGCGAUCUAUGCGGAGAUCGAAUAUGGGGACUGUCCGCGAAGGGGUACGACUGUCAAGACUGUGGCUAUACAUGCCAUAGCAAGUGUGAGAUGAAGGUUCCCGCCGACUGUCCUGGCGAGCAGUCCAAGGUGGAGAAGAAGAAGUUGAAAGAAGAAAGGCAGAAAGCCGCGCACGCAGUGACAGCGACGAAUGGCGCCGCGACGAGCUCCAGUACGAAUCUACCCCCACUGGGGAGAAGCGACACAGUAAACUCCAUGAACACUCUCAGCUCUGGCUAUUCGGCCACUGCGCAUCGCUCAAUAUCUGGAGGCAUGUCGCCUACUGCCGAGGAAACUCCACCACCACCAGAGAAGAAGGCGCCGACUGUACCGGGUGCCAGGAAAAACCGGCUAGUUGCUCCACCACCUACGCAAUACGUCAAGAACGACGAGGACAUGCCUCCGCCCACACCCAAGUCUGCAGAAGCGAAGGGUAGAAUGCUUUACGCCUAUCAAGAGAAUGGAGAGGGCGAAUUGACUGUUGCAGAUGGUACGGAUGUUACCAUUGUAGAACCCGAUGAUGGUUCUGGAUGGAUGAAAGUCCGUGCUGGCUUCAAAGAGGGUCUCGUCCCAGCAGCGUAUGUCGAGAUGACGGUCGCGACACCACCUACCACUGCUUCUACAUUCUCAUCAGCAAGACCUGACUCGACGUACUCUGCAUCGUCGGCAUCAACCACCAACUUUGCCGCGGCCGCCGCUCCCGGUAAGAAGAAGGGGCCCGCCGUUGCGCCGAAGCGUGGCGCGAAGAAGUUGAAGUACGUUGAAGCACUGUAUGACUACACUGCGCAAAGCGACGCAGAGCAUUCCAUGUCAGAAGGAGACCGCUUUGUUCUCAUCAACAUGGAGGCUGGUGACGGCUGGGCAGAUGUCGAGAAAGACGGCGUAGUACGCAGUGUACCAGCCAACUAUGUUCAGCAAGUCUAG